UAUCCUCAGGUAACCUUUUAUCUGUCUAGUGAUCCAAAAUGGGUAGGUUGUAAGUACAAGAUAGAAAUACAAACGUUGAGAUGUUUUAAGCGCUGUGCAACGCUAUGUCGUCAAACAAGGAAUACUGGUUGCUGAGAUUCCCUUGGUGUGGAUACGGGACGGAUAUGGACAGAAAUAGGAAAUCGGAAACUUCAAACAAAACCAAACUUCAAACAAUACGCCGUCGCGGCAUAUCCGCGUCAUCUGUAACGUCACAACGGGUCGCGCUACUUUUCUUUUUCACUCUAUCGCAACACAGCUCCGUUUUAUGGGGAUAUGCAGAUGCAACCACCACAGCCGUUUGGAAAACAGGACCUUGGGGAGUAUGUGGCAGUGCAUCAUGUGGACCUGGUGGUUGGCAGCUGCGUUCAGUGACGUGUGAAGAUACAUUGUUACAUUACAGAACAAGAAAUGAAAACUGUCAACAAUUUAUAAAACCCACUGACAGGAAGUCUUGUUUUAAGAUUUGUGAUCAUCAUCAGAAUGAAUACAACUGGCAUGUAGGUAAUUGGGAAGUGUGUAAACAUUCUUAUCAAUCUCAAACAGAGGAGUUGUCACUUGUCACCAACUGUGGCAUCCAUAGCAGUCCGGAUGGAUCACAAAUUCGUCAAUUAAGCUGUGUUUUAAAUUCAAAUAUUUCUGUUGUAGUGGAGAAUUCUGUAUGUGAAAGGUUUUUUCGACCACCAAGUACUCAACAGAACUGCCGUGUUCCUUGCCCUCAAAACUGUGUGACGUCAUUGUUUAAUAGUUGGAGCACUUGUAGCUCAUCCUGUGGGAAUGGGACCCAAACCAGAGUGAGACAUGUUAUAAGAAUGGAAAAGUAUGGGGGAACACCCUGUCCUGAUCUGUCUGAAUCUCGCCCUUGUGAAGAUGCCCCGUGUGAUGAUUUCAAUUUGCCGAACAUAAAUCAGCACAAAUUAAAAUUUGAGGAAUGGUCGUCGUGUAGAAGAGCAAGGGUGGAUAUGAAGUUACUUCAAAGAGGGGGCAGCUCUAGAAGGAAAAAAUCACGAAACUUGCUUCGAAUGGUCGGUGUUCGAACAAGGAGGGUUCACUGUUUAACCAAGCAUGGUGCUGUAGUGGGAGACAGUGUUGCAAUGUCAGAAACCUGCAGUGUUGCGCAACGAUGUAAAGUAUCACAAUGGUCGCAGUGGGCGCGAUGCUCAUCCUCUUGUGGGAGCAACGGAACGCAAACUCGAACUCGUGAUCUAACAGGUCUUCCUCUUGGGAGUAAUGCUUCAUCCUGCCCUGAGUUCACACAAGCCAGGAUGUGUGACCUCCCAGAAGACAGUUUUGCUCCAUGCAAAAAGUACAGGUGGUUAGCAGGUGGAUGGAGUAUAUGCGAACUCAUACAUAAUGCAAGCUGUGGAGGUGGCUUACAGAUAAGGCAUGUUUACUGCGCUCUCAACGACGAUUUCAUGGUUCAACAGGUGUCUGACUCGUAUACACUCCAAGGCGAAGAAGGGGCAGUGGCGUGGUCUCGCAUUCAACCUGUGGAUGACGCUUUCUGUGACGCCCAGACAAAGCCGAGCGACUGGCAGGAAUGUGACGUCAAGUGCAGCUUCAAGUGCGACCUUGGCCAAUGGUCGGAGUGGUCGGAAUGCGCCUUCGACAGCUGCCAGCCGCAUUUCGCACCCGCCAAUCAAACGAGGGUAAGCAAGCGAAGCAUGCGCAACAGAAAAGGCUUUAAAAGACGAACACGACCUGUGUACAACGAUUACGGCCGACCGGAAGAUUGCACACACACCUUGGAAGUUAUUCCAUGCGACGAAGCACGGUGCUUUUCGUGGCAUGUAGCCCAUGUCUCACUAUGCGUCCCUGAAAAUGGGAACUGUGGUCAUGGGACAGCAUUGCAGACGCUGGAAUGCCAUAAUAUGUGGCGGCAGGUGGUUGAAACGAGAGCCUGUACGUCGGACCGUUUCGCCACACCCCUACCUAGCUUUGUGGGUUGCGAAGUUCCGUGUGGAAAGGAUUGUGUCGUGGAUGAUUGGAGUCAGUGGACGCCUUGUGGCCACAGCUGUAAGCGUGGGAAGGGGGAAUCGGAACGACAAACGAGAAAACGUGAAAUCCUUGCCCACCCUGGAAGAACCGGGAUACCUUGCCCUCUAGCGGAGGAACUUCACGAAACACGAAUGUGCAACCAACAUAAAUGCUCCAUCUAUUUCUGGACAACUUCAAAGUGGUCGGAAUGCGAAAUCAAAGGGAAUCUAGAACCGCCGCCUGUCGGGUUAGCAGACAACAACGUUUUUGGGACGAACAACCGACAGAGCAACGAUGGUCGGCCGUUGGUUUUCCCACAUAACGAAGCAACAGAUAUAUGUGGGGUCGGUUAUCAAACAAGACGAGUGCAGUGUAGAAAGAAAAACAGCCGACGCGUUCGUCAAAAAAUGUGCAUAAGCUGGGACAAACCGGUUUCUUCCAGACCGUGUUCGGUUUCAUGCAACCAGGACUGCUUGCUGUCUGAAUGGAGUGCUUGGAGCAGCUGCGAGAGAGAAUGUUCCAGAAAAAUCCGCGACAAACUUCUCAGCUCAGAGUCGUUUUCACCUGCUGGCUUACUGAGUGUUUACCAACGUCGUAGUCGAUACAUCGUACGUCAUAGGAUGGGAGAUGGAAUGCCAUGUGAGAUUGAACUUCAGCAAGCGAGGUUAUGCGAUGAUGCGAGCCAAUGCGUAGCUUACAAGUGGCAUAUACGGAAGUGGGGACCUUGUAUGCUGGCUAGUGGCAUGACCACUAUGUCCAGUGAAAACGGGAAGUGCCGAGGUGUGAAGACGAGGACGAUCCGAUGCAACCUGCACACAGUGAGCGGUAAUAUACCGACAGAUGAUAUUAAAUGUUUACAGAACGCCGGUCCUAUGCCACUCGCAUCACGACCCUGCGCUACAUCUUGUCCACGUAAUCUUGGCUUCAGCGAAUGGUUGGAACGCCUUGGUUGUCAGGCUUCUAGCAUAGAAGCUACCACUAUCGCCGUCACAGCGGAUGUGACGUCAUCAGAAACUACGAGCAGCGAGGACGACAGUAGUUACGUACCACCACAGAUGAUCGUUCGAUCAGUGGGCCCGUGGUCGUCUUGCUUCAUUGACGAUCGUGAUUUUCAAGACACUGGUGACGAGUGCCCUGUGGACGAACAUCCGACCGUGCCCAACGAUGCUACGUCAUUCACUGACGUCACAGCCAGCAUGGAGGUUUGUGGGCGUGGUCGAAGGAAGAGACCGCUUGGUUGUUUCGAGGAAAGCACUGGAGCGAUGGUGGAUAUUUCGUUUUGUUCGUAUCGAGCGUUCGACGAGGAAGAGUGUGAGGUUCCAUGUCCUGUUGAUUGCCAGAUGAGUGGUUGGGCUGAGUGGGGUCUAUGUGGUGACUUGUUGAGAGGGCAAGUCAUUCAAGGAAAUUCCAGUCACCCCAGGACGUUACCGUGUGGUGAGAGUCGGAGGAUCCGAUUCAAAUAUUUCAUGGAGUUGCCAAGUAAUGGUGGACGCUCAUGUCCAGUGAUGGACAGCGACAAUCAGGUGUACGAGAGUCAGGUGUGCCACACUAUAUGUAAUGACAACUUUUUCGUCUCUAAUGGUUGGGACUCAUGUCAGCCUCGCCGCAGAAGGUCGCAUUCUAAUUGUGGGUCAGGUGUCCAAACUCGCACAGUAAACUGUUUUAGGACAGAACGUUUGUCCAGUUUUUCUAACGUCGCUGUGCUGCUAGAAGACAAACGCCUGUGUGACGUAACAAACAUGCCACUGGGUGCAGACAAAUGCACUCUUCCUUGUCCUGGGGAGUGCGUUGUAUCCAAGUGGUCGUCAUGGCAACCAUGCCCUGGAGGAACCCCCGGGUCAUGUGAGGGUACGGUUCGAAUACGGACGAGGCGACUGCUUCGACAAACUGAUCGAGAUGUUACGGAAGCAAGUUGUCCUGACGCGCAGAACCUUACGCAGACAGAAGAAUGUCAAUUGAACGUCAAUUGUUUCACGUACAGUGCUGCGUGGAGUGAAUGGAGUAGUUGUCUUGCUCCACGACCUGCUGUUUGUGGAGAAGGUCGCAUGAGACGGAGAAUGAACUGUGUACAAAGUGAUGGACUACCUGUACAUGUCUCCAAAUGCGCAGCCGCAAACGUCACAAUAGAAAACCCGCAGUCGGUGAAAUGCAGGGUUGACUGUCCGGUCGAUUGCGAAGUAACAGAAUGGUCUGCGUGGAGUCAGUGCUCGGGAACAUGUGGUGUUUCAAGACAUAGGACGCGUGUAAGAAAGAUUUCCCGCCAGCCGUCACGCACAGGACGCAGGUGUCCGCAAGAGCUUGUGCAAACCCGACCUUGCUGUGCCAAGCCGUGUUAUAAGUGGUCAUUACUUGGAUGGACGACGUGUUCGCUUACUCGUGGUAACUGUGGGAGUGGAAGCCAAGAACGAGUUGUUCAAUGUGUUCAACAAGACGGAACCGAAGUCGGAGCUAUUUUAUGCAAGAAACAGCAAAUGAAACAAGAUGGCGACAACGGUCAACUACUCGACUGGUUCACCGCUGAACAACUUCGUCGCCCAUGUCACAUGCCUUGUCCUGGCGAGUGUCGUAUGUCUGAUUGGUCAGUAUGGAGUCGUUGUCAUGCCGACUGUACACUUGACGUGACACCAAGCCUAACUAACUUACCAGGGAUACGAACUCGAUCAAGGAUUGGAUACGUGGUUGGAUCGGUGCCUGGUGUUCAUUGCUCACCUUCUGAAAUCGAGGAAUCUCCAUGUCCUGCAAGUGAAUCCCAAUGUAUUAACUAUGCGUGGAAGGUGGGACCUUACAUCGGUCAUACACGCGAAGUGUCCUGUGUAAGCGAGGACAAUGAUAUGGCUGUUUCUACAGGUUGCCAAGAAGCACUGAAGCCAGCAGCUUCGGUAGCGACACCCUACUGCCCCCAGCCAUGCAAUAGGAUCCGACAUAGCUACUGCACUACAAGUGGUGUAUGCGACUGCCGACCACCAUACGUUGCUAUCUACCAAUCAUUCUCCAACCAAUAUCUUCAUGAGUGCGAGUCAAAGCAACACGACCAAGGAACGCAAGUUCAAGAAACAGUUGACAUGCGGAACACGAAGGCCAAGGACAGAGAGAACAAGGACGUAACGGUUGUACCACCGGUUGUAAUAGUUCCAGCCAACAAUAGUGAUGAUAACGAUGCGUGGUCUGUCUUCAACCCUGUCAAACCUGACGGUACUUUGAAGGUUUGGGCAUACGGAGCUAUUGCAGGAUUGGUCGUUCUUCUCGUCUUCACUUUCGCCCUGUGUUACCUCAUCUACUCUGCUUGCUGUCGACGCAACAGCAGUGCGAAAAAUCGACAACACAGAAAACGACGGCGACACCGACGGUCUAACAGCAGUGGCAGCAACGUUGGCAUUGGUAUAAUGGCAGGGUCGGUCGGCGGCUCGUCCAUGUAUGGCGGCACAGGCAUUCCACCGUACCGAAUAAACCAUAACUCAAGCACUUCUAGGUACCCUCCGCGUACUUUGAGUCGAACACCUUCCGUACGAAGCGGUUUUACGUUUCCCGACCGCUACGAUAGCGAUCAAGACUGAGGUGUAGUUAGUUAUAUAAUGAACUUGUAUACCUGAUACAAUCGAUGUGGCGUCUCGCGUUGAAGAGUUCCGCAUUACGUUUGAAUCCACCAAAGCAAGUUGUGCGCAUCAGGGUACGUGUGUUAUCGUUCCCCUACCCCUUUCUUUUUAUCUUCUUUUAUUUGCACUGCGGUCACCUAGACGUUGCAUGGCGCGCCCGAACCGUCAUAUUUCUGCACACGAACCAACACAUACUUUUCUCCAAGGUAAAUGGAUUAUACCAAAGAACCUUAACUCGUAGGUUUUCCUAUCCACCCCAUACUUACAUUCUUAAAGGCCACUGUGAUUCUUUCUUACUCUUUCAAGCAGCGCAGAUACAUCGAGCUGCUUUGAAACAAAGAAAAAGUUUAACGAUCAAGCUAUAUCAGUAUUCAUCUCUUCAUAUGACAUUUUACAUGCUUUUAAAAUUUUACUGAAUUUUAAGCUUGCAGGGGUUUACCGCCAAAUGAUUUUUUACGCAUUCGCUUUUGCUGUUUGUUUCAAAACCAAACCUUAAAACCAGUUAGCAUCUGCCGGAUCUUGCCUUUCAAACCGAACGAUACCUCUGAAACUUAAGAAGAUAUAAAUACGUUCUAUGUAGCACAACCACGGUAUGGUAGAUAGAUUCUAUAACUAAAUCGAACUUUCAUUUUUCCUCAUCCGUAUAUUGCAAUUGUUGUUCAGCAUGACCAUUUUCUGCUUUCUUUCGCCAUCACUUUCAGUUUUAUCUCCACUCUUAUAUUCGUUAUCACCACUGUACAUUAUACAUCAAUCACCUACGAGUGGCAAUAAAGAUUUACUUAAUUGCGGCUA